GUGUGGCGCCACGUGGGUGCGACAUGUUCACUUCGUCUUUUUUCAGGUGUAGUGCAUGUCAUCAUCACCACCACCACCAUCAUCAUCCACCUGGCCUUCCAUCGCUUCCCACUUUCACAGAGAAAAUUUAAAUAACUAAUAACUCCAGGUGCGUCUUGGGGGUUGAACUUGAAGGUUUAUGGAUAAAUUACGCGCGGUGCUGAGCGGUCGAGAUGGAAACACUGACAGCACACCGAAUAUAAUCGAGGCAGCGAAUGAAGCAUCCACCUUGUCAUGGCGCACAAGGGUGAGAGGGUUUGCUAUCUGCAUGGGCAUUGGGAUCUUCUGCUCAAUCCUGGGCGUGUGCUGUUUGUUCCUCCCCAAGAUAGGCCUGCUCCUCUUUAUCGUCCUUUACACGUUCGGGAAUAUCUGCUCCUUAGCCAGCACCAUGUUUCUGAUGGGACCAAUGCAGCAGCUGAAGAGGAUGUUUGACAAAACCAGAGUCGUCGCAACAGUGGUCAUGCUCUUGUGCCUGGUGCUGACGCUGUGUGCAGCAUUUUGGUGGAAGAUUUUCGCACUGACGUUGCUGUUUGUUAUUAUGCAAGCCAUUGCGUUUGCUUGGUACGGACUCUCGUACAUCCCUUUUGCAAGAGAUGCCAUAUUGAAGUUCUUUUCCAUGAUGUGCAAAAUGUGCAUAAAAUGUCAGCGUGAAUGAAUUUCCUGAGGAUUCUUCUGUACAAGUUUGAUCCAGGUCCUGUGUAUUUUAGAGCUUAUUGACCACUAAAAAUUUGCACUCGAACACGUCCCUCGGUCGUACGUCGUGCCCAACAUGGUGGACGCCUGACGGAUGCGGCACUGGUUUUAUUUUUGCCUUUUUAAAGGUGAAAGAAUUCUAAGAUAAGAAAAAAGGAUUGUGUUGGUGUUUGGGAUCAUUCUCCUGUUCUGUUUUAAUCUAGUAGAUCCAUAAAUCCCAUGAACAGAGCAUUGUUUUCUGUAUUUAACUUUCGGGCCCGUUUUGUUUUUUCAUUGUCGUCCUCAACAUUGCAGAACUUAAAAUGUCACAAGUGCCUUAACUGAUGCAAAUAAUGUUGGCUUGGAAAAUUCUGCUGUGCAAUAUUGUAAAAAAAAAAAAAGUAAA